AUGUGUGCGGCGGUGAAGCUCUGGGGCCGGCGGGCGCGGGCCCUGCUGUGCUGCGUUCUGCUCUCGGCGUGGGAAGCGGCGUGGGGUCAGCUGCGGUACUCGGUGCCCGAGGAGAUGCCCAAGGGUUCCUUCGUGGGAGACGUGGCCAAAGACCUGGGGCUGCAGAUGACGGCGAUUGCUGACAGUGGUCUUCGCAUUUUGGACCGAGGUAGGACGCAGUAUUUCUCUCUGCACGGGAAGACGGGACAUUUGGUGACGGCGGAGAGGAUAGACAGAGAGCAGCUGUGCCGGCUGCUGGAGAAAUGCGUGCUGCGGUGUGAGCUGAUAGUGGAGGGGGAAAUGCAGAUUUAUGGAAUCGAAGUGGAGAUCACGGAUAUUAAUGACAACGCUCCCGGCUUCCGAGAGGCAGAAAAAGAGCUAAGGAUAAUCGAAACGAGAGCCCCUGGUUAUCGAUUUCCUCUGCCUGAGGCUUACGAUCCGGACUCGGGGACAAAUUCCCUGCAGAGUUAUGAGCUGAGCGGCGACGAGCACUUUUCUCUGGCCGUGCAGGCGGGCCCCGGCGGGGAUCGGAGUCCCGAGCUGGUAUUGGCCAAGGCACUGGACCGGGAGGAGGCAACGUUUCACGAUCUGGUGCUGAAAGCAAGGGAUGGCGGAGAGCCGUCCCGGACGGGCACGGCCCGAAUCCGCGUAGUGGUGCUGGACGCGAAUGACAACGCUCCCGUGUUCAGCCCAGCAGAGUACACGGUGCGUGUGCCUGAGGACUUACCUGUAGGCUCCACCCUCGUCACAGUUAAAGCCACUGACGCCGACGAUGGCCUUUACGGGGACGUGAAAUACUCGUUGAAGAAAGCUACAGAAACAGCCUCGGAUAUUUUUCAGAUAGACUCUGAGAAGGGAGUGAUCACACUGGUGCGGAGCUUGGACUUCGAGGAAGGUGAUGCCUACGAAGUGGAAGUGCAGGCAACUGACGGCGACGGCCUUUUCGACACAGCUAGAGUCACAAUCACCGUGACAGACGUGAAUGACAACACGCCGGAACUUACAGUGUCGUCGUCAGUGAGCGAGGUCUCUGAAGAUGCCCCUCAAGGGACAGUGGUAGCCUUGCUGCACGUGCAGGACCGGGACUCGGGAGCCAACGGCCAGGUGCGGUGCUCCCUGGACGCGGGAGUCCCCUUCCGGCUGGAGAAGUCGUUUGAGGAUUAUUACCGCGUGGUGACGACGAGGCAGCUGGACCGGGAGGAGGUGUCGGAGUACAACGUGACGGUGAGGGCGGCCGACGGCGGGUCGCCGUCUCUGUGGAGCAGCACGGUGCUGAGCCUGCGGGUGCUGGACGUGAACGACAACGCGCCGGUGUUCAGCGAGGCGAGCUACAGCGCCCGGCUGCCCGAGAACAACGCGGCGGGCGCGCUGGUGCUGACGGUGCGGGCGCGGGACGCGGACUGGGGUCAGAACGCGCGCGUGCGGUACCGUCUGGGCGAGGGGCGGGUGCGUGGCGCGGCGCUGUCGUCGUACGUGUCGGUGCAGGCGGAGACGGGCGCGCUGUACGCGCUGCGCUCCUUCGACUACGAGGAGGUGCGCGAGGUGGGGCUGUGGGUGCUGGCGGAGGACGGCGGCUCGCCGGCGCUGAGCAGCAACGUGUCGGUGCGGAUCGUGAUCGUGGACGAGAACGACAACGCGCCGCAGGUGCUGUACCCGCCGGCGGCGGGCGUGCCCGGGGCCGGUGUCCGUGGCUGGUCGGGGGUGGAGCUGGCGCCGCGGUCGUCGGAGCCCGGGGCGCUGGUGGCCAAGGUGGUGGCGGUGGACGCGGACGCGGGGCAGAACGCGUGGCUGUCGUACGAGCUGGCCAAGGCGACGGAGCCGGGGCUGUUCCGCGUCGGGCUGCACAGCGGCGAGGUGCGCACUGCGCGCUUCACGCUGGCCCGCGACGCUGCCCGGCAGAGCCUGGUGGUGCUGGUGAAGGACCACGGCCGGCCGGCGCUGUCGGCCACGGCCACGCUGACCGUGGUGCUGGCCGAGAGCGUGGCCGAGCUGCUGGCCGAGCUGGGCAAUGAGGCGGCGGCGGCGGUGCCGGGCGAGGCGGCGGGCAGCCUGACGCGCUGGCUGGUGCUGGCCGUGGCGGCCGUCUCCUGCCUCUUCCUCGCCUUCCUGCUGCUGCUGCUUGCACUGCGUCUGCGGCGGUGGCGUCGCUCGCAGCUGCCUCCUCCUGCGGGCGGUGCCUUGCGCGGCGUCCCGGCCACGCACUUCGUGGGUAUCGACGGCGUGCGCGCCUUCCUGCGCUCCUACACACACGAGGUGUCUCUCACUGCCGACUCACGCAAGAGCCAGCUGCGCUUGUCACCCGGUAGCUGCUGCGACACCCUUCCGGCCCGCCCUCUGCCCGACGAGCCCGCACCGCUGCUGGGGGAGGACCCUGCCGACACCGCCCGCCCACAGAAUGCAGACAUUGUCCCGGUGAGUGCCUGUCCACCGACCUGCCUGCCACUGCUGCCGCUGCUUUUCUGCUGCCCUAUCCCUGUCCUGAUCUGGCUGCAACCGAGGCAGGGUUCCUGA